GUUUUGGCUCGCGCUGACGCGUCGCGUGCGGGACUUUUCACGCCUGAUGCUGCGCACGAUUCCGACACAUUCAACCGCCAGCAGCAGGAAACCUUGCGAGUGAGAUGGAUGGAUAGAUCCGGGAUCUGAGCGCUUGCAUUCGCGUCGGAUAAAGUUGAGUUUGUGCGAUUUUACCCCAGUUUUUCGCAUCACGAUGGAUCUCCCGCAUGGUUUGGUGACUGUGUACCUGCUCCUGGUGUCCCUCGCUCAGUGUCAGCACUAUUACCUGCUCAGACCCAUCCCGAGUGACACUUUACCCCUGCUGGAGCUCAAGGAGGACCCCGACCCCAUCUACGACCCGCGGGAGAGGGACCUAAACGAGACUGAGCUGCGGAGCGCGCUAGGGGACUUUGACAGCCGCUUUCUGUCCGUCAGUCCUCCUCAGGAUCGCUACACCGGCAACGAGGAUCUGGAGGAGCUGGACCUCCAGCAGCAGAACCCCACCGGGAUGAUGCCCAAAGACAUCAAGAACCUGGACUUUGACGCGCAGUGGGGAAAAAAGCGCAAGGCCAGCAAGAAGCUGAAGCGCAGGCUGCAGAUGUGGCUCUGGUCCUACUCGUUUUGUCCGGUGCUGUACGCGUGGAACGACCUCGGCGCGCGCUUCUGGCCGCGCUUCGUGCGCGCGGGGAGCUGCUACAGCAAGCGCUCCUGCUCGGUGCCGGAGGGGAUGGUGUGCAAACCGGCCAAAUCCACGCACAUCACGCUGCUGCGGUGGCGAUGCGUGCAGAGGCGAGGCGCGCUGAAGUGCGCCUGGAUACCGGUGCAGUAUCCCAUCAUAACCGAGUGCAAAUGCUCCUGCGCGAACUGACCAAUCACGAACGGACA